UCAGACAGGGAGUCAGACAGCAAGUGCGGAGCCGCUCUCACACACACACACACACACACAGCUCACACACAGCUCACACACGCCGAGGCGCGAGGCUGGAGAAACCCUCGACAUGUGACCGCUGCCGACACCUACUUUCAUUUUGUCUUUCUUUUUUAAUUUGAUUUCCUUCGUCGUAAAGACUCCGGGCAGGACGCGUAAUCGAGCGCCGCGCAGUCGUCCCGUGGAUUUGCCGGGAAUAUCUCAUCCUCGUUUUGGCGAUUGUUGCUCGUUUCUCUCCCGGAUCCUCCCGAAGGACGAGGAGCGAGCGUCCCACCGACCUCCGGCGAUCAUAACCCGCCCGCGACGACACUGCUCUGAACGGGAUUUUAUCGCUUUCGGAGUGAAGCCGGUUCGUGUCCAGCAGUGUGAACGAUUGAUUCGUGUAGAUGGAGAGAGAAGAGAGCUAGAAGGGCGAGAUUUCUUCUCCUCCUCGCGCUCGGAUGCGUUUAUAAGCGUGACAUCCAGGCGCUGUAAUAGCUGCGAUGCGACGCCGAUCCGUUCCGACCGAGGUCUUAGAGGCAGCCCCUUAACUAUGGGAUUUCAGAACUACUGAGGGCACUUCCACAAAAGGAGGGAAAAGGGGCCGGCGACGGGAACAAAAGGAGAGGAUUGAGCUUUUGAAAAGAGGAUCAGUUCUUUCGGACUCAGCGGGGUGCAUGCUGCCCCCUCAACUGGACGUCCUCUUUUGUGCGAGUGAGAGAAAAUAAAAGCAGGCAUGCGCAAUAAACUGAGAGAGUUCCGGGAUGGGGGAUGCCCCAUGCUGGGGCAGAGGGACAGGACUCUUCUGGUGCUUCUGGCCACAGUGGUGCUGACAGUAACGGAAGUGCGGGCUUCCUGGGAUCAGAACCCAGUGGAAGUUCUAGGCGACGUGAGGCAGCUGGAGGCGUCUAUGCACUCGGCGGUGCUGUCGGACCUACGUGAAGCGGAAGCGGCAGUGUCACUUCCAGGCGGCUUCCCAGACUCCUCAGCGGUGGUGGGCAGGGUGUUCCAAAUGCGGGUGCCCAUCAAAGCCAAGAACUCCAGGUGCACAGUAAAGAUCACAGAAGCAAGCAAGGAUGUGCUCCCAGCAUGGUUGCAUUGGGAUGCAGAGAGUGGCACACUUCAAGGCCUUCCUCUAGAGACAGACAAGGGCGUUCACUACAUAUCCGUUUCUGUUUCCAACGAGAGCCAAGUCUCCCAAAGCCCAGAUGUAUUCUCCAUUGAGGUGCACCCAGAGGAGCAUGCUGAUACGGACCCUUUUCAGCUUGCAAUUCAACAGUCAGCCAGCAACGAUGUCCAACCUUUCAUCUGUGGCAAUGAGGAGCCUGUUACUGUGCUUACCGUCAUUCUGGAUGCUGACCUCACAAAGAUGAGCUCGAAGCAGAGGGUGGAACUACUUGCUAACAUGAAGAAGUUUUCUGGCAUGGGGCUUCAGCACAUGAAGAUUUUGCCUGUGGUCAACAACCGUUUGUUUGACAUGUCUGCUUUCAUGGCAGGACCGGGAAAUGCUAAGAAGGUGGUUGAAAACGGAGCCCUUUUGUCCUGGAAGCUUGGCUGCAGUCUGGAUCAAAGCAGCAUUCCUGAUAUCAGUAGUGUUCAGGUUCCCGCAAAAGAGGGAACCAUGUCUGCGCAGUUGGGAUAUCCAGUCGUUGGGUGGCAUAUCGCUAACAAAAAGCCCCAUGUACCCAAAAGGGUGCGAAGGCAGCUCAACAACACUCCCACUCCCAUUCCCUCAUUACUCCCCCCAACAACUUAUCCUGAGCCCCCCAUUCGUAUCGUUCCCACUCCGACUUCCCCUUCUAUUGCUCCUACCUCAGACAGUUCUGCUCCACCUGUUCGGGGUCCUGUGCCACUUCCUGUGAAACCCACCAUUCGAAAUCGAGAUCCCAUUGCCUACACUCCAACCCUAGGCCCCCCUCAGCCAACACGAGUAAUGGACACCACCAGCACAAUCGCAAUCCAGCCCACUAUGACCAGGCCUGUGUAUGUUGGUGCCUCUGUGACGCCAGCAACACCCACCACCAGGAAACCGACAAAAAGACCUGGAAAGAAACCCAAGACAACUCCAAUACCAAAAGAACCCAAGACCACCACAACCAAGCCACCAAGGCGCACAACACCCCCUGUUAUUCUAAUUGAAGGCAAUAUAAAACCCCAGCUGCGAAACCCGAUCGACCAGGUGAAUGCCUACGUUGGCACCUACUUUGAGGUGAAGGUUCCAUCUGAUACAUUUUUCGACAAAGAGGAUGGAACUACUGAUAAGUUGAGACUCACCUUGCGCAAGGGCAAUGAUGUGGUUGGAGAUGAUUCCUGGAUACAAUUCAAUAGCACAAGCCAGUUGCUCUAUGGAUUACCAGAGAAGGAGCAUGAAGGAAAGCAUGAGUAUUUCAUGCAGGCAACCGACAAAGGAGGUCUCUAUGCGAUAGAUGCCUUUGAAGUCCGUGUCAAUCAAUGGGGAAAUGGUGUAAAGUCACCGGUGGUGUUUACUGCUGUGUUUGAAGGCGAUGCACGUACUGUUACCAAUGACAUUCACAAGAAGAUCCUUCUCGUCAAGAAACUGGCCCAGUCUUUCGGUGAUCGCAACAGUAGCACCGUUACGCUGAAGAACAUCACAAAGGGCUCUAUUAUAGUGGAAUGGACCAACAACAGCCUUCAGCAAAACCCCUGCCCGAAAGAGCAAAUACAGCAGCUGAGCAGAAAAAUCUCCAAUAAUGAGGGUAGACCCACACCGCAAUUCAUGCAUGUUAUGGAACCAGAUUUCAAGGCCUUAAAUAUCACUGUCAGAGGCACAGCAAGCUGUCGCAACUUCAUGUUUGUCCCAUUGGGCGAGAUCCCAGAUCCGACCGCCUCUCCUGUUACUCCCGCUGUGGGCGCGGGAAGACAGAGCAACGAUGAUGUGUAUCUUCACACCGUCAUACCGGCAGUGGUGGUUGCAGCAAUUCUGCUGAUAGCCGGAAUCAUCGCCAUGAUUUGCUAUCGCAAGAAGCGCAAGGGCAAGCUGACCAUCGAAGACCAAGCGACUUUCAUCAAGAAAGGAGUGCCCAUUAUUUUUGCAGAUGAGCUUGAUGACUCUAAGCCACCCCCAUCUUCCAGCAUGCCCCUCAUCCUUCAAGAGGAAAAGCCUCCGCUUCCUCCACCAGAGUAUCCCAACAUGGCUAGUCCAGAGACAACACCUCUGAACCAGGACCUUUUGGGAGAGUACACACCUCUACACGAUGAGGAUCCCAAUGCCCCUCCCUACCAGCCUCCACCACCCUUCUCUACGCCAAUGGAGGGGAAAGGAUCCCGUCCCAAGAACAUGACCCCGUACAGAUCUCCACCCCCUUACGUGCCACCCUAAUGUUUGCCGAAACCUCUGGAGCAGGAGGAUGGGGAACUUUUGUAGUUCCACACCAGUGUGUUGUUUCUUUGCAUUAUGGGAUUUUUAGAAGGGGGGGGAGGGUGUUGCAAACUGGGAGUUGGGUUUGAAUGUGAUGGGAUGGGAUAAUUUUGUUAAACUGGACUCUUAAGGAGAUGUGGGAGGGUGGGGCAAGUGGAUAGUCUGCAAAGGACAGCAAAAACAACCUCAGCCUCUGACUACUCUGGUUAUUGCUAAACUGUUGGGGAUGUACCCACCAGUCCUGGCGCUUUUGUGUCUAGAUGGGCUUUUUUGACUAAUUAUUGGUUUUGUUUCGAUUUUAAUUUUCUUUUCUUUUUUAUUUUAUUUUGUUUCACGUUUUUUUUCUGACUCAGAAUCAAAACUCCUUGCCUAACAGCACUCUUUCUAUCUUCUGAAUUCGUUAAUCUUGAAUAAUAUAAGCGGACAAUAAAGCUGACUGCAGGUGCAAAAGGUUUCAUAGAGAAAUUCAAUAACAGAAGGGGAAUAAAAGAACGGCCUUGAGGGACUUGGACAGCCAUGCAGACAGUUCUGUGGGAUGUCGAUUCAUUAUGGUUUUGCCUUUUAACACGAAAUUAAACUGUUUUUAUUGUUCUUCACAUGUCUAGUUAAAUCACUACAAGAGGUAGCCAAAACGAAAGAUUUGUUUAAUCCACUGUAUAUUUGAAAGUUGUUAUGCUAGAUCGUCUUUAAUUUUUAUUAUAUAUUUUAUUACUUUUUUUUUUAAGUAUUACACUGAGAGAAACACUAUUUUCCACCCCUCAAAUGCUUAAAACCUAUUAAAUCACUGUGUGAACAUGUCCAAGCGUGUGUUCUGACUUGAGAUUUGUGCUGUAUAGUUUCUCGCCAGCCAUGUGUAACUUUCGGAGGCGGUAAUCUCAUGAGUGAGUCGUCUAUGCAGAUUCUGCCUUUGACCUGACAGGCCGGAGCCCGGUAUUGAUCUCACUUAAUCAUAUUUCCCAUAGGCCACGAAGAAAUGUUAUGAUUUAAUUGGUUGUGCAGGUUGACGGGGUCUUCGCAUUCUUAAUUCUCUCGUAAGACAGCAGGAACCGUGUUCAGCACCCUCAAGUCAAAACCACCAAUAUACUGUUUCACCAGUUAGACUCAAGCUACUGACAGUCAUUGAGAAGGAUUGCUCAAUUUCAAAGACUUGAUUUAAUCAGAACAAGCUCGGGUUUCGGAUGAUUUGUAGUUUUUGUUUCUUGCUUUUUCUUUUAUUUUUAUGUUAUUUUUUUGUUUUUAAUAUAUAAAUAUAUAUAUAUUUCAGUGAUGAUUAUGGAGUAUAUGCCUUGGAUCCACUCGAAAUAAUUCAAAAUAAAGACUGAAGAUUUUGAUAAUGGUGA